ACGUCAAAACCUGCAAACUCAGCAACUCAGCAAAACAGAAAACAGCAAACACCUUAUAGAAGACAACUCGCGUUCUGUCUUCUAUGACGUUCAAAUGACAUUCACUCAUAAAAUUGUGAAAAGUGGUUUUUUUUAUACGGAUCAACGGAUGUCGUUCGGAUUAAUCGAAGUAUUAAUAGUUGUGAAUUCCAGUAAUAAUUCGUGCUAAUAUUUAUACGAACCGCAGUGUUCCGUGAAUACAUUUCUGUCGUUACGAAAAUAUGUUCGGUUAUGAUAUUAAAGUGAAACAAUGAAGGCUGCACUUGCGAUUGCCUUCGUAUUCUUAGGAUGCUGUUCGAACGUCAUCUUCCUCGAAUUACUCGUGAAAGAGGACCCUGGCAGUGGAAAUUUGAUAACAUUUUCUCAAUUCUUGGUUAUUUCCCUGGAAGGUUUUAUAUUCACGUCAAAAUUUGGCACAGUCAAGCCAAAAAUAGGCAUCAAAGAUUACAUGAUUAUGGUUUCUAUGUUCUUUGUUGUCAGUGUGUGUAACAAUUAUGCAUUCGACUUCAACAUACCUAUGCCACUGCACAUGAUAUUUAGAUCGGGUUCUCUUAUAGCUAAUAUGAUAAUGGGAAUCAUAAUCCUGAAAAAAAAAUAUGUAUUGAGCAAGUACUUAUCGGUAUUCAUGAUAACAAUGGGCAUAAUAAUUUGCACGAUAAUUAGUGGACGGAAAGUCGAAUCGACGCAGCGUAUUACAGAAAACUCUGUGCCCACGACCCCUAUGGAGAAUUUUUUCUGGUGGACAUUAGGGAUUUCGCUUCUAACAGUUGCUUUAUUUAUAUCGGCUAGGAUGGGUCUUUAUCAAGAAGUCUUGUAUGUUCGUUAUGGCAAACAUCCCAAAGAGGCUCUCUAUUAUACACAUUUGCUACCAUUGCCAUUUUUCCUCACUCUAGCACCAAAUAUCUGGGAUCAUGCUCUGUUAGCCAUGGAAUCUGCACCGAUGGAAAUACCAUUGUUGGGGAUUAUGAUGCCAAAAACUAUAGCAUACCUCAUUGGCAAUGUGCUCACGCAAUACAUGUGCAUAAGUUCAGUUUUCGUACUGACAACGGAAUGUUCAUCGCUGACCGUAACCCUGGUCGUGACACUACGGAAAUUCAUUUCUCUCAUAUUCUCGAUAAUUUAUUUCAAGAACCCCUUUACGAUUUAUCACUGGAUUGGCACAGGGUGCGUAUUCGUCGGCACGAUCAUAUUCACCGAAGUAGUGUCAAAGAUUCAGCAGAGUCUCGAGCCGAAAUCGCAUACGAAAAAAAGUCAAUAAUCCGAAGUUCUCACAAGCUGAAUUGUAUAUAUCUGUCAUGUUAAAGGGAUCGAAGAAAGAACGCGAGUCGAAGCAUUUAGAUAGUCAAAUAUAAUCAAGUACGCAGGAUGAAUUGAGGCCUUUGUUCGGAAGUGCAAAAAAAAAUGAACUCAAAUCGGAAUAAUUAAGUACUUGUUGGAUUAUUGAGUCUGUUAAAAAAAAAAGUUUAUCUCAUGUUCCAAUGAGCUACGAGAAAUUCAUUGAAGGUACUGGCUGGAGGCUUUUGUAUCCAUAAUUAUACUUCUUUGAGCGUGAACAAAACAAACGACCCUAUUGAAGAACUGUCAAAAAAUGUAAUCGUUGGCAACAAAUAUUCUGAAUAUUUACCUAGAUCUAUUUCAUAAGGAGUGGCUUUGUAUAUAAGACAGCAAUGUUGGAAACUAGAAAUGCCAGAUAAAAGUCGACAUUGAGAUCAUUAUUUCUUGUUCAUAAUUUACCAGUACUUCCGUUUUAUAAUCUUACUAAUUAAUUAUCCAGACGACAUUUUAUCAUAUAUAUGAAGUAGUCGAAGAAGAACAUCCUUAUCGCAGGAUUUCGUGCAGAUAAGCUACCCUUUUUAUUUCCUCAAGAGAUAUCGGACACGUAUGACGAAUUUGUUUCUUGUGAAUUAUUCAAUUUGCUAAUUUCAUCAAAGAAUAAUGUAAAUAGUAAAAUUAUUAUAAUUUUGGGAAUAAUGUUCGUUUACACCGAUGAUAUUUAAUAGAAAUGUGAUUAUCAAUAAAUUCUGUCCUUUUUUGGCGAAAUGUGUACAGCCCAUACUGUCUCUGGUAUUAUUGGCUCAAUGUUUGCUUACUGACCCCAACAUUGUUAUGUACCGAUGAUGAAUAUUAAAGUUAAGGAACUUCUCAAAUUCAUACUGCUAAAUGAAAAUAGAGUAGUUUUACUUUCAAGUUUUUUAAAAAAUAUUUCUUGUCAUAGCGACUUUUUAAAAUUAUUUUAUGCUUUUCAUGAUCAUACUUUUUUGUAUCAAUUGUUUUGAAUUCAACUGCAGCUUUACUGUUGUAGAGAUAGUACUCCGAUUUCAAUAAAUCUCUUUACUGAA